AUCAAUUCGACGCUGAAAGACCUAGGUCCCUCUUCGUACUCCAAAGUGUCUCCUUGGAGUCGAAAGGAACAAGCCCAUAUCUAUCAACUCCCUUUCAUUCUAUCAAAAAUUUGGAACCCUCCCUGCACUUGCUGUGACAACCCGAUCACAACAUCAACAUCAACAUCAACAUUACACAGACCGGUAUUCAUACAGGUACACAACCAUGUCAUCUCCUCACCCUAUAAUCGACAGCCACAUCCACCUCUACCCCUCCUCCGAGCUCUCCAACCUCGCCUGGUGCACCCCAGACCACCCGCUCGGCAAGCAGUGCUCCGUAGAUGAGUUCCGCGCCGCCGCCACCGCCACCGGCUCUAACCCUGCCUCUGCCUCUUCCGAAGCCCCUCGCCCUCCACCCCAGCUAUCCGGCUUCAUCUUCAUCGAGGCAGACCGCAAGAACGAUGGCGCGCAGGACUGGACGGGCCCGCUGCAGGAGGUGGCCUUCAUGCGCCGGCUGGCGAACGGCGAGUCCAACCCGGGCGAGGGCCAUUCCGCCGAGGACGCCAGGCUGUGCCUGGGGCUCGUCCCCUGGGCUCCCGUGAACCUGGGGCCGGAGCGGCUGGGCGAGUAUCUCGAGCGGGCCGAGAAGGAGGCCGGCCCCCUGGCGUGGAGCAAGGUGAAGGGGUUUCGCUAUCUGCUGCAGGACAAGCCGAACGGGGUCGGCUUGAGCGACCAGUUCAUUGAGGGGCUGAAGUUGCUCGGGAGGAAGGGGUAUGUGUUUGAGGUUGGCGUCGAUCAGCACCGGAGGGGGAGGAUUCAGUUGGAGGAGGCCGUCGAGAUGAUUGAUCGUGCGCAUGACGGGGUGGCGGAAGAGGAAAAGGUGGUGUUUGUUCUGAACCAUCUUUGCAAGCCGGACUUGACCAUUGUCAGCCAGACUGACCCGGCAUACCUCGCGUGGCGCACGGCCAUGUUCACAUUGAGCAAGUGCCGCCGCACCUACAUGAAGCUCAGCGGCUGCUUCUCCGAGCUGCCCGACCAGCUGAAGCAGCGGCCGGCUCAUGACAUCUUCUCGGCCAUCCUCCCGUGGCUGGCGGUCGUGGUCGCCGCCUUCGGCCCCAGCAGGAUCAUGUUUGGCAGUGACUGGCCGGUCUGCACAGUGGGAGUUGGCGACGACGCCUGGAAGAAAUGGCACAAGAUUGUCGACAUGGUGUGUGAUCUGGCUGGUCUGAGCACGGAGGACCAGGCGAUGCUCUGGAGCGGGACAGCGAAGGAGGCCUACAAAAUCGAAUCUUAAAAAAGGAUUAUUCCCUCUUCGCCCUGGCCCAUCAUGUGGAUGUUAUGUACGGCGA